AUGGGCCUGGAAGCCGUGAAGGCGAAGAUGCUGCGCCUCGGGAAGCGGCACUGCCUCUGGCUGCUGGCGGGCCUGUACCGGUGCUGGCCGGCAUGCCUGACCCUCCCCCUCCGUUACAGGCUGGUCUUUGGGAUGCUGUACCCCGCCUACGCGUCCUACAAAGCAGUCAAGACCAAGAAUAUCCGGGAAUACGUGCGCUGGAUGAUGUACUGGAUUGUGUUCGCGCUGUUUAUGGCCACGGAGACCCUCACGGACAUCUUCAUUUCCUGGUUUCCCUUCUACUACGAGAUCAAGAUGGCGUUUGUCAUGUGGCUGCUUGCUCCUUACACCAGGGGGGCCAGCCUGUUAUACCGCAAGUUUGUCCACCCCACCUUGUCCCGCAAAGAGAAGGAGAUUGACCUACUGCUCCUGCAAAUGAAAGAGCGCAGCUUUGAGGCCGCCAUGAGCUUCGGAAGGAAGACCCUCAACGUGGCGGCCACAGCCGCCGUCCACGCCGCUGCAAAGAGCCAGGGGGCCCUGGCUGGGCGCCUGCGCAGCUUCAGCAUGCAGGACUUGCACUCGCUCCCCAACGAGACGCCCCUGCAUUAUGCUGACCCCCUUUACCUGGAGGAGCAGGAGCUGUGCCGGCAGCCAAUAGGACACAGGCCGGCCGCCCAGCAGCCAGACUUCGAUAGCCACGAGGAGGACUGUUGGUCGGACUCCGAGCUCUCCACUGGUGCCAGGGGCCACAGCAAGGGCCCCAUGCUGGCCAAGCCGCUGUCGAGGAGCCAGAGCCUGCGCGUGGUCCGGAAACCCCCCACCAAGGAGGGCUCCCGCCUGACGCGAAGCCGCCCCAGGAAGAAGGUGGUGGAUCUAGACUGCUAGGCCCCACGAGAAGCGAAGCGGGCAGUUGCCGGAGCGGGUGCGUGGGAGGGCCACAGACGGCGUCUUGCAGCUUGCGUCACUGUCCCUGUCUAGGGACCGGGAAUGCUUUUUCCAGCUUGCCACGGCUGAAGGGACCCGAGGCGAGUCUCAGCUGUGAAGCAGGCCGGUUUGGAAACAGGUUCCGCCUGUCGCUGGCAGAGGGCCACAGCUCUGUCUUGGAGCUGGGCCUUGCUCUCACUGCUGCCUGCCCCACAGCCUUUCCUGCUUGAUGCCAGGAGCUCUGCCCCCGCCCCCUCUUCCACCACGUGCCCUGCCACUUGCUGCAGACUGGGCCGCGAGCUGACCCCCCUGCAAAGAACGGAGCCGUGGGGACAGCCUCCAGCAGGGCUGGGCUCCUGCCCAGGCAAGAGGCACCAGCUGCUUUGCUCCAGGCAGGGGUGGUCGGAGCAGCGCACAGGAGUCCCUGGGGCCAGGCCCCUUCCGGGAUGUCGGUUGGGCCCCAGCACUUUUCUCCUGGGCGAGCGAUCCAGUUUCCUCCACCUCUUGAAAACUAGUAACUUAUCCACCACCACUGGCCUUAAGUGACUUUGUAAUUUUAAUAUAUUUUAAAUAAAUUCACUUCACUUGUA